UCGGCGCGACAACGAAACCGCAACUGCAGCAGCAGCAGCUCUCUCUGGCGUCGGCCCCGCUGCUCGCUCUAUGGCGGGCUUGAUUCCGCGCCUGCCCUGGCUGCUGCUGCUGCGGCGGCGGCGGAGCCUGCAGUGCGCCGCCUGGGCUCGAUCUCCCUUCGGCGCAGCCGCCUCCGCCUCCGCCGCCGCAGGAUGGGCCUCCGCCUCGCCGCACGCCGCAGGCAGGUGCAGAGAAGCGGCGAUAGCCACCUCGCUUGGCUCCCUCCGCCUUGCGCCCCGCGCCGCCGAAUCCUCCUGGGCAGCCGCGGCUGGGAGCCCGCAGAAGAAGCAGGGCGACGCCCCGGGAGCCGCGUUGGCCCCGACUGCCGGGCCCGGCAACGAAGUAUCGGACGCCAAGCGGCUCAUGGCCCUGGCGUACCCGGAGCGCUGGAGAUUGACAGCUGCUGUGGGCUUUCUGACAAUUUCCAGUGUCAUCACUAUGUCUGCCCCUUUUUUCCUGGGGAAGGUGAUUGAUGUCAUUUACACAAAUUCCACUGGUGACUUUGCUGACAACCUAACCAACCUCUGUGCCUUGCUAACUGGAAUAUUUCUGUGUGGUGCUGUUGCCAAUGCAAUCCGUGUCUACCUCAUGCAGACUGCAGGACAAAGAAUUGUAAAACGGCUGAGAGCCACGAUGUUUUCUUCUCUCAUGAAACAAGAAAUAGCCUUUUUUGACAAAACCAGCACUGGAGAGCUGAUUAAUCGCUUAUCUUCAGACACAGUUCUCUUGGGCCGUUCAGUCACUGAAAAUCUUUCUGAUGGACUAAGAGCAGGGGCUCAGGCCUCAGUGGCAGUUGGAAUGAUGUUUUUUGUCUCUCCCAGUCUUGCCACGUUUGUUCUUAGUGUGGUGCCACCUCUGGCUUUUGUAGCUGUGAUUUAUGGAAGGUAUUUACGAAAGCUGACUAGAAAGACACAGGAUUCCCUGGCACAAGCGACACAGUUAGCAGAAGAACGGAUUGGAAAUCUAAGAACAGUUCGAGCUUUUGGGCAAGAGUUAAAUGAGAUGAAGAAAUAUAGGGACAAGGUUGACUAUGUGCUCCACCUGGCCAAAAAGGAAGCAAUAGCUCGAGCAGGAUUCUUUGGAACAACUGGGCUAUCUGGGAAUUUGAUUGUGCUCUCUGUUCUGUACAAAGGAGGAUUACUGAUGGGCAGUGCCCACAUGACUAUUGGUGAACUGUCUUCCUUUCUAAUGUAUGCCUUCUGGGUUGGCGUAAGCAUUGGAGGUUUAAGCUCUUUCUAUUCUGAGCUAAUGAAAGGAUUAGGAGCAGGAGGACGUCUCUGGGAACUUAUUGAUCGAAAGCCAGAACUCCCAUUUAAUGAAGGAACAGUAUUAAACCAGGAAGCUUUCAAAGGUGCUCUGCAAUUCAGAAAUAUCCAGUUUGCAUAUCCAGCCCGCCCAGAAGCAUUCAUUUUUCAAGACUUUACCCUUCACAUCCCAGCCGGCUCUGUCAUGGCCUUGGUUGGCCCAAGUGGCUCUGGCAAAUCGACUGUGAUAUCCCUCUUGCUUAGGCUUUAUGAUCCAAUCUCAGGAAGUAUUACUGUUGACGGUGUUGAUAUUCGUCAGCUAAACCCACUCUGGUUUAGGAGUAAAAUUGGAACAGUAAGCCAGGAACCAAUUCUGUUCUCGUGCUCUAUUGCUGAAAAUAUUGCCUAUGGUGCAGAGGAUCCUUCUGCAGUGACUACUGAAGAAAUUGAGAGAGUUGCUGAGAUUGCAAAUGCUUCUAGUUUUAUCCAGAAUUUUCCAAAAGGAUUCGACACUUUAGUUGGGGAAAAAGGUGUUCUCCUUUCAGGUGGGCAGAAACAACGAAUUGCAAUUGCUCGAGCUCUUCUCAGGAAUCCCAAAAUACUUCUACUUGAUGAAGCAACAAGUGCAUUGGAUGCUGAAAACGAGUACCUUGUGCAAAAAGCAUUAGAUCGGCUCAUGGAAGGGAGAACUGUCCUCAUUAUUGCACACCGUCUGUCCACCAUUCAGAAUGCUAAUUCUGUUGCAGUCCUUGACCAAGGCAGAAUUAUUGAGUGUGGGAAGUAUGAAACACUGCUGGCAGACCCAAAUGGACUUUUCAGCAAACUAAUGAAGAAACAAGCUUUUAGCCACAAUACGGAAAGUUCUGCAUUAAGUGUAAAUUCUUAGUAUGAAAGAGUAUAAGGAAUUUUAAAUUAUGUUUCAGUUUACAUACAAUAAAUAUUUUAUAUAUGGAGAGAGAGAGAGAUACCAGUGUGUUUUAGAUAUUUCAAAACUUGGUUGUACUACACUUCUUGUGCAAAUAAUCAUAUUCUUGUGAAAAUGUCUAAUGCUGAAUGGUUCUCAGGCUGUAAAUAUUUUUCUGCUGAACUGAUGAAUGGAUGUAGUAUGGCAGGGGUGGUACAGAUUGUAAACUUAAAUUUUGACAAUACACUCUGUUUUUUUCCACAUUCAUGGAAUGCAAGUGAGGUGAUCGUCAUUCAUUUCACCUUAGCAUUCCAAAAGUCUUUUCUAGCACAUUAGACACUGCUCCAGCAAGUAAUCCAGGAGGCUACAGGGGGAAUGUGCAUGCAAUUUUAUUUUUCUUAUAAGGCCAUUUCACAAUAUUUUAUAAAACAUGACAAAAUACACUUUUUCAGAAUAUCCUCUGGCGCUAGGACUGCAGUUUUUCCACACCGACUAAUAAUAAGUGACCCCUGGGUCCAUUUUCUAUGUCAGUGAUCAUCCCCAUGCUUUGCAUUCCUGCCAAAGUGCAGUUGUACGUUUGGGGGCAGGGUUGCUUAGCUCAAUAUUUAACAGUAACUGUCAUUGCUACACUAAAAAUUCUUGGUUUACAAAAAUCAAAAGAACAAAACCCACCAUUCAGAUAUUGUGCAGAAAACAAACAAACAAAAAAAACCCCCUGUGCAAAGGUAGUUUGAAAAACAAAGUCUUUCUUCUAGCUGAAAGAGGUCCUUGGUACCUGAGCAGUUUCAGGCCCUCUUUGAGGAUGAGCAGGACUGAGGAUACAAUGAAGGUCACUAGUACAACUAGCCCUAAAGGACACUAGCAGAACUAGCUCAACAACUAUUGGGGGUAACUGGCAUAUCUGUCUCUAUACCCUUUUUCUUCUCCAGAAUACUGUGAACAGUAUUCCUGCAACAAAGCAGCUCAUUAUGAACUGGUGGAAUCUUCUCCAGUGCCUCCACCAUAGGCCAGCUGGUUUGGAGUUUUCUUCUCUAUUUGGAUUUUUGAGGAGUGUGUGGUUGGACACAUCUUGUCAUCAGUGUCAGUAGCCAGUUCUUAUUUUUGUCCCUGUUAAAUAGGGUGAUCCACAAAUUAGGAAAUAACCUACCCAGAUAAUGUUUGUGGAGGCCUCAUCAAAGGUAGGGGUUAAUCUGACCUGCUGAUACUUCCUUCUUGUCUGCGGUUGGGCAGUUUUGGCAACAGCUCUGCAAAACCAGGAGGACUUAGGAACUAGAAAGAAGUGAUUGCAUGUGCAGUAAAGUAUCUCCUACAGCAUAAUUUAGCACUAGACCUCUAUGUAUCUCAGUUGGUGUAACAUUGUGUGCUUUGUCAGAAAGAUGUGUGUAGUUGGAGCACAUUGCUAUCCCCCCUUUGAAUACACAAGUUCCCCAAACUACUGCAUGUAGCAUUCACUUGCAGUGGGUUGACCCCAGUGCCCCAGAUCCAAAUUGUUCAGCCUCAGGGCUGUGUCAUAAUAGUUCCAUCUACCUCCUGCCCAUGACCAGUAAUCUACCAUCAAAAUGGAAACAUUUAGUCAUAUUGGGAGAGUCUCACUAUGUAAUACUCUAAAUGAACACUAAAUGGUCAUAAAGUGGGAGUGGUGCAGUGAAGAUGUGACUGUAUUUCCACCCACAGUUACACAUAAAUCCAAAGAGAAGCAAAAGACCUCCUUUCACUCCAAUUAUUCCUAGUAUAUAACUUGUUAAUUUUAUUAUGUGUAAGGUUGCAAACCAAGCAGCUAAUGUUUCCCAAAACUGGCUUAUCUGCAUUUGGUGACAUGACAAAGUGGAGUAGCUUCUUCUCACAGGAGAUGCCUUGAAUGGUUAAACCUUUCCAAACAACCUGAGAUCGUAUCUCAUACUACUUCAUGGAAGUGGGGAAGCAGUGGGAUCAGAGACAUGCCAUUGCAUGAUUGGUAGGAGUAACAGUUUGAUCUUUUUCUCUAUAUUUGUUCUUUAGGCAAUUGUAUAUCUCUAGUCUGCAAAUAGUCAUAAACAUGCAGUAGUGCCAAUAGAACAGUGUAAAAACCUCAUACAAUGGCUUUGGACAAUUAACUGGAAAAGUAUUAUUCUUAGUGUUGCCUUCCUGUUAAUUUCAAAUGGUGAGUUGUUAAAUUUUACAUGACCACAAACCUUAAAAUUAGCAUAUAGAAAAUGGGAGAGUACAUACCAAUCCAAAUGACACGUUUCUGUAUAAAAAAAUCCAGCUGCUGUUCACAGCAUCCCUUCCACCUGCAGCGUGUUCUGCUGGUGGUAAGAGACCGUUGGCUCCAACCUGUAAUGACUAGACCAACUCCUAGCUCAGGUGAUCCUGACCUUUUCGGAUCCAUGGGCAUAUUUGGAAAUGUGAGAAACUGCUGUGGACACCACCAUAAAAUGCCCAGUGGUAAAUUGCUGCUUCAGUGUUUACGUGUAACUUCUAUGUAUCUUAGGCUGCAUCUUACUCAGCAAAAACACAUGUUUAUUUGAUAUGAGGAUGACUUUUUAAAAUAAGUGAUUAAUUAUUUCUGCUAAUUACUGGUGGUGAAAUAUCGCUAGUGCUUCUUUUAAACAGAUGUUUUAGCAAUGUCCAGUAGUUCCAUCUUUUUGUGGGGAGGUUAUUACAUGGAUACAUUUUAUACUGGAACAGCUUUUAAUAUUCAGUGAUGUACAUUCUCUUCCAAAUUAUUUACCUGCUCCAUAUAAAUCAACAAAUAUAAGGGUAAAUGAAUUCUCAAUGCCCAUUUGACAGUGAAAAGGCCAAUAGUAGAAGGAUUUAUUUAUUAUUUAUUUAGGAAGCUUCUAUGCCACCCCAUUUGCCGAAGCCUCGGGGCGGCUCACAAUAAUAAAUAAACACAAUAUAAAAACAAUAUAAUUUGAGUCGACCAGGCCAAUAAAUAAAUAAAUAAAUAAAUAAUACUAACAAUUAAAAUAACGUUUGAAUAAAAAGUGUUUGGUAAACACUCACCUGCUAUAAAGCAAUGGACGUGAAGUCCUUGCAAAACUUUCAGUAUAUGAAUGGAUAGAUAAAAAUUUCAAAUCGACACUUACUUGGAUAUUUGGUCUACUUUUGUUGAGGCCUCUGGUUAAAAUUGUAUGCAUACAAAUCAUACAAAUCCAUGUACAUAUAUUAAAAUAACAAAAAAUAAAAAUAGUUCUAGUUCCCAUGGGCCCCACAUUGUGGACCCUUGGAGGUGCCCAUGAAAACCAUGGCACACACAGGCACUGUGUUGAGGUCCCUGGCCUAUCCUAGUUUAUCUACAAAUGCCCAGCCCCAUAGUUCUUCAAAAAAUAUAUUUUUGCCAUUGGAAAUUUAGUAGUCUCUGCAGGAACAGCCUGGGAGUAAUGAAAAGUAUUUAGCAGUUCAGAAUCUAAAACAAUAUAGCAGAGUGUAAAAUAACAGUCAUCAUAAAUAUAGCUAGCUGACUUUGAUAUAAGAGUAAAGUUUUAAAAUAGUUUUUUUCUACGUUCUUUGAUAUUUUCUGAUGCACUGUUGUAAUAUUUUAUAUUAUGAUUAAAGUAUUAAUAAAUGAUGUAGUACAGCUGUCA